CGGCUCCGCCCCUUGGCCCGGCCUCUGCCCCGCCCCCCCCCACCCCGCCUCCCUGCCCCGCCGGCGCUUGUGGCCUGCGCGGUUCCCGCCCUCCCCGCCUCCCGCUGGCUUAUUACACCCGGGAACAGCGCCGCGCCGAACCCGCCACCGACGCCGCUGCUGCGGGAUGCUGCGCUCCACGUCCACGGUCACCCUGCUCUCGGGCAGCGGCUCCGGGGCGCCCAGCAGGAGGGCAAAUGUCUGCAGACUACGGCUGACUGUACCUCCCGAGAACCCAGUGCCUGAGCCGAGUGAAAAGAAGGUUGAAAGAAAAGAGCAGCAUCGUGACCUGAGCAAUGGAGAAUCGACCAGGAAACUCCCUCAGGGUGUUGUCUAUGGUGUGGUGCGAAGAUCAGAUCAAAACCAGCAGAAAGAAAUGGUGGUGUAUGGGUGGACCACCAAUCAGCUGAAAGAAGAGAUGAACUAUAUCAAAGAUGUGAGAGCCACUUUGGAAAAAGUAAGAAAGAGAAUGUAUGGAGACUAUGAUGAAAUGAGACAGAAGAUUCGACAGCUCACCCAGGAACUGUCAGUUUCACAGGCAAAGCAGGACUAUCUGGAGAAUCACAUCCAAACCCAGUCGUCAGCCCUGGACAGUUUUAAUGCCAUGAACGCGGCGUUGGCGUCAGACUCCAUCAGCUUGCAGAAAACCCUUGUGGAUGUUACUUUGGAGAACAGCAACAUCAAGGAUCAGAUCAGAAAUCUGCAGCAGACGUACACAGCCUCCAUGGACAAGCUGCGGGAGAAGCAGAGGCAGUUAGAUGCAGCGCAGGUUGAGAACAAGCUGCUGAAAAUGAAGGUGGAAUGCUCCCAACAAGCCAACGCGGAGGUGAUGAGAGAGAUGACCCGGAAGCUGUACAGCCAGUACGAAGAGAAGCUGCAGGAGGAGCAGCAGCGGCACAAUGCGGAGAAGGAGGCUCUCCUGGAAGAAACCAAUAGUUUUCUGAAAGCCAUUGAAGAAGCCAAUAAAAAGAUGCAAGCGGCAGAGAUCAGCCUAGAGGAGAAGGACCAGAGGAUCGGGGAGCUGGACAGGCUGAUUGAGCGCAUGGAGAAGGAGCGCCAUCAACUUCAACUUCAACUCCUGGAGCAUGAAACAGAAAUGUCAGUGGAAAUAACCGAUUCUAACAAAGAAAGGUAUCAGCAGCUGGAGGAGGCAUCAGCCAGCCUCCGGGAGCGGAUCCGACACCUAGAUGACAUGGUGCAUUGCCAGCAGAAGAAAGUCAAGCAGAUGGUUGAGGAGAUUGAAUCACUAAAAAAGAAGGUGCAGCAGAAACAACUCUUAAUAUUGCAGCUUUUAGAAAAGAUAUCUUUCUUAGAAGGAGAGAAUAAUGAACUACAAAGCAGGUUGGACUAUUUAAUAGAAACCCAGUCCAAGACUGAAGUGGAAACCAGAGAGGUUGGAGUGGGAUGUGAUCUUCUACCCAGGAGUUGGCACAAAUUGCCAUCUGGCUCAUGCCCCUGGCACUCCACUAAACUGCCUGGUCGGGUCCCUGAGGGCUCCUGAACUGUGAUAUCCUGUGGAUUCCUCUCUGUAGCAGCCAAACAGGUAGGACUCGUGAGAUCUCAAUGCCUUCCAGGAACUAUACUCCGUACACACGAGUCCUAGAGUUGACCACGAAGAAAACUCUGACCUAAGCACUUGGAGACAUGCACUUUUCACUGAUGGACAAAGGCCCUGGAACCCUGCAGCCUAAAGUCUGGAAAGGGUGACUGUUGCUUCCUCCUGUACACUGUUUUAAGUCCCAGUGGAAAUUGCUGAGGUUUUGCUCCACUUCUAAAACAUGAGGCAAAGUGGAGGUGGAGGGGGGAGGGCAGGAGAGAGAGGUUUCAAGGUUGUUUUUCAAACCCCCAACUGGUGUAUGUAUGUACCCUGCUGUACUGGGCUGUCGUUAGCUUUCCAUGUAGACACUGAGCCCUGGCAGGAGAACUCUCUAUUUUCUGUUUUACUAGACUUCGGUUGGGAGGAAAAAGGGUAUUAACUUGAAAUUUCAUGCUACUCAUGCCAGGAUCAUUUGUUACAGCAUGAAGGUUUUAUUUACCCGUAAAAGUAUUAGAGGCAGUGUUUCUCGGCUACAGGGAAGCCUGUCCAUAGGAGCAUGGGCACCUGGGGAAAUGUGACCCCAGGAAGGAAGGGGCAGGUGCCGAGGACCCAUGCAGGGGCUUGGGAGCCUCGGCUGGAGCCAGUCCUUGUGAGGGCAGACACGUUUCAUUCUGAUGUGCUAAUCCCUUGGUUUAAUUUGUGCCUUAUGCCUUUAUGGGGCCAGCUGAAAUCACUGUAUUUCUUCAACCUGUGAUUUAGUUUUUCUUUCUCACUUUAAAUGAAAGAGAAUUUUGUAUGUUGUGGAAAUUUAAUCACUUAAUGCUUUCAGUAUCAAUUAUUGUUUUUGUUAAAAGAAUGAAUAAUUUGUUCCUGCAUGCUCUACUUUGAUAUUAUAACCUAUGUCACAUACGUUUAAUAAAUGCCAUAUAUUUUGUUCUA